UGCUUUGUUUAUGCGAGGCAGUGAGACGAAGUGGCAGUGCGAGUGUCGUAAAUAAUGUGCAUAUUGAAAAGAAAUAUAAAAAACGAAACAAAUGAGAGCCGAGAAAAUUCCAUAAAUUAUUUUUGAUUAUGAAUAGGUGCAAAAAAUUAACUGUGAAAAAAUUUCGUUUAGUGCGUAGCUAUUGAAUAAAUUCCAAAAAUAAUGCAUGAGAUGAAAAUAAAAAUAUUAUUUUUGUGCCAAUUAAUCGCACUCGCCGGCGCAAAUGACGUUUCCAAAGCAAAUACAUCACAGCCAGUGUCGAUGACCCAGCACAAUUUACAUGAAACUUUUCAACGCACAUCCAUCUUAUACGGCUUAUCAGUUGUGAGCAAUGAGCAAUUCAUUGAACUGCGCUGUCACACCCACUUGCAGCUAUUCCAGCAUGGGGUGAUCCACAAAGAAGCAUGGGCAUUGAAAAUGUUCGACGCCUCAGCCACCCUCGAGCCAGGCUUCACAUUCGGUCACAACUUCUGGCUGGGUAAUAGUGAAGUCUGCAGUGCUGUCGGACAUGAAGUGCACAUGCAAAUUUCCGCUUAUCUGCCGCAUCAAAUGAACGAGGCGCUUCUUACCUCUGUGGCGCCCUUUGAUACCGGCUUUCGCGUUGUCUACUUGCGUCACAACUUGAGCUGGCAGGUGGAUCCGCAUGUGACUGCUUUUGGUCCGCGCGUUCAUGUAGGCCUUUGUUUGCCAAGCGCUUGCGCUGAGCACGAUGUCCGGCGUCUCAUGAAAACCUACUUGAGCAGAGGACUCUUCGCUGGCAAUGAGCUGUUCGAAAUGCAUUUACAGUACGACUACAUGAAGGAUCUACAGUGGCAGGCGGCAGUCUUCAUGAGACCCUCGUUCUAUAUAUGCUGCGCUUUUGUAGUUGUAACAAUCGGUCUAACAGCUGUUGCUGUGUCUAGCAGAAAGUCGGAACGUAUGAAAGCAGUCAAGAAAAAGACAACUGAAGCGUUAGCUGCCAUGGACACUCCGUCUAGUAAUUCUUCGCACUACACAGUGGACUCCAAUUCUCAAGCGGUUAUUCAGCAACAGUUUGAGGGGAGAAGCUUUAUCACCUGUUUUGAUAUCGCAGCGAAUUGGCAGCGCAUCUUUGUGCCACCUAAAUUGGCUCACACAUUUGCCGCCCUCAAUGGUUUGCGUUUUGGUAGCGCUCUAUGCGUCACCCUCUAUCAUUACUUGAUGUUUCUCUGCACUGGUACCAGAAACAAGUUGACGCUCUUCAAUUAUCAAGUGCGGAUCGGAAAUGUAGAUAUAUUCGUGGAUAUAUUCUUUGCGCUCAGCGGCUUCUUGCAAGCAUACAAUCAUUUCCGGAAUGUCAAAUUAUUGAAGAUUAUACGUAAGAACAAUUUCGUACAAAAUUUAAAGUUAAUUGGAAGCCACUUAUUUCAUCGCUAUUUGAGACUGGCUCCCAUGUAUUUCCUAGUCAUCGCCAUGUCCGACUUUGGUGCGGCAUUGUUCGACAACAUCACUUUAUUUCACAUCGAACACAAAAUUCACGUGAAUUGCGCCAAAUAUUGGUGGCGAAAUGUAUUCUUCAUACAAAAUUUCUACGAUCACAAUGAUGCUUGUGCGCUGUGGACCUGGUCGCUGGCAUGCGACAUGCAAUUUUCAAUAUUGGCUAGCGUUUUGCUCUUCACAUAUGUCAAACACCCGCGUCGCACAAAACUCUGUCUUGCCGCGCUCGUUAUCGCCAAUAUUCUGUACACCUACGCCGUCGGCCUCAAAUUGAACUUCGAUCACACUCUCGAAUCCACGUUUACUCAUUUGACAGAAAUCUACACCAAUCCUUUGUCGCGCAUUUUGGCCUACAUUUGCGGCUGCAUUGCCGGCUGGUGGUUCGUAGAGCAGCGGCGAUUACCAUUUGCUUUGAGUAGAAGUAUGCAGCAAUUUUGUGGCCUUUUGCUGCCGCUAGUAGUACUCGGCUGUAUAUUGAAGCCAGCCUAUGCGAAUCUUUCGCCGCUCGCAGCCACUUCAAUUUUGCUAUUGGAACGGAUUAUCUUCAGCUUGGCGUGUAGUAUUUUGUUAAUGGCUAAUGCGUAUGGCCAAAUGCGUUGGUUUUUUCGCUUCUUCGAGUCCAUAGUGUUUCAGAAAUUCAAUCAAGUUUCGUAUGCAAUAUUUAUGUUGAAUCCAAUUUUCAUAUUUGCGUUGCCGGGUUUUAGUCAAUCGAAUUUGUAUGCCAAUCCUUUGAAUUUGCUAUUCGAAUACAUUGGAGUUGUGGUUACUUUAGUGUUAUUUUCAACACUUUUUACUUUACUCUUUGAUAUACCCUAUCAAAAUUUAUCAAGACUGCUAAUCAUUCGUCAAGUAAAGCGGAAAAUUGCCUAACU